CAUAUUAGAAUUUAAUCUGUAGAAUGAUCAAGUUAUAAACAUGGCAAAGUAUAUAGCUCAAAUAAUUGUUUUGGGAGCCCAAGUGGUCGGGCGGGCUUUUACGAGGGCAUUGAAGCAGGAGUUCGCUGCGUCGCAGGAGGCUGCUAAAAGAGCUGGUGGAGGCCAGGAAGGUGCUAAGCGAGCGGCGGCAAACGCGGCAACUGGACUUACGUUGGAGGAAGCUAUGCAAAUUUUAAAUAUAGAAAAAUUAGACCCAGAAAAAGUUAGCAAAAAUUAUGAACAUCUUUUCACAGCCAAUGAUAAGGCCAAAGGUGGAUCAUUUUAUCUACAGUCAAAAAUAGUGAGAGCAAAAGAAAGAAUAGAUACCGAAAUAAAAGACAAAAUACCUAAAGAAGAUCAAAAGAAACCCAAAGAUGAAACAUGAUUUGUUUUUUUUUUUGUAUGAAACCUAGUAGUGAAACAAAGUCAUCAUAGAAAAUAUUAUAUUACGUAAAAAUUGGACACAAUAGUGACUAGUGUACAUCAGUCUUUAAAAUAUAAAACAUUGAUUAUGUAAAGUUACAUAUAAAAGCAGUUACACAUUUCUAGAUCUAUUUUUUAGCUUGAUAUGAAGAUCAAUUACAUUUAUAUCUAACUUGAAAAAUUGCGAUACACAUUAUAAUCUUGUGUUAGUGGCUAUUUUUAUUAAUAUUCAUAAAACACUUGUUAUUGUUGGCAAUAAAAUAUUUUGUGCAUACUUAGGCCUAUUCAUUUUGAGUUGUUGUGUUACUUAGAAAUCAUAAGUCUACUAUAAGAAUGUAGAAAAUCAUUUUAGACAUAAUAGAUAUUAUAUUUAAAUAUUUAAAGCAAA